AUGGAGAAUUAUGCAUCUUCAUCGCUUGAAACGCAAGAUGUCCGAUCACGACAUUUGUCUCUGAAACCCAAUGAAACUGGUAAUAUUAUCAGUGAUAGCGAUGAUGAGCAACUAUUAUGUGGUUACGGCAGGUGUACGCCGAGAUGGCUGCAAAAGUUCCACACCGCCAAAUGGCUGCUACUUAUGCUUGGUAUCUGCGCAUUUGUGCAAAGCUUCGUUGUUAACAGUAUAUUUCCUGUGGGUUUAUCAACGCUUGAAAAACGAUUUCAUAUGACGAGUACGCAAACUGGAAUCAUAUCAAGUUGGUACGAUUUCGCAAUUCUUAUUGCGGUAUUUCCAGUAUGUCAUUGGGGUAAUACGGGUCACAAAGGUCGUUGGAUAGGUAUAGGUUCAUUUUUAAUGGCAUUUGGUUCAUUUAUUUGUGUAUUACCGCAUUACAUGAUAUCACCUUAUCAGUAUCAUGAAACGCAACUUAACGAAAGUGAACAUGGUCAAUGCACAUACAGGGAUGAAUUGGCAUCGGACUGUUCAAAGCAUCUCUCCAGUUCAGCCUCAUACUUAAAUCCUUAUUUUCUGAUGUUCUUGCUCGGCCAAACAUUGCACGGUAUUGGUGCAACACCAUUAUUCUCGAUUGGCACCGCAUAUUUGGAUGAAAAUGUUUCGCAAAAAGCAUCACCUGUUUAUUUGGCUAUUCAUUCAGUAGUGACGUCUAUUGGACCUGUUAUUGGACUUUUCGUUGGUGGUUUUCUGCUAACAAUUUAUACGGAUUUUGAUCGUAUAGACAUGUCAACGAUAAAAAUGAACGAUUCAUCUGACCCACGAUGGGUUGGUGCAUGGUGGCUCGGUUUUCUUGGCUCAGCAAUUCUUGCCUUCAUUACAGCUUUUCCCAUUUUAAUGUUUGCUCGAGAGUUACCAGAGGCAAAAAAACAUCGUUUGAAAGACGUCAAUCAGGUGCAUGCAAUCUCACAAACAAACGAAAAAGAUAUUAUCAUGAAAGGAAAUCUUAAGUAUCUACCACGAGCUGUUUGGAAUAUUUUACGAAAUCCGACAUUUGUUACCACAAUCGUGUUAGGUAUUUUCGAAUCAAUUGUUAUUAAUGGAUUUGCUGCAUUUAUGCCGAAAAUUCUAGAAGCCGUACUGAGUACAACUCCAACUAAAGCUUCCUAUCUUUCUUCAAUAGUAAUAUUUGCUGCUGCAGCUGGCGUUAUGCUCGGUGGAGCUUUAAUACGACAAUUUAAUUUACAGGUGAGUGGAAUGCUGAAACUAAUAUUCGUUUCCCAUCUGAUAGCCUUGAUACUUACGCCAUGCUUUCUAAUACAGUGUCCAGCACGUGACUUUAUUGGGAUCAAUCUAAGCUACAAUAAUCAAAGGGUAAAAGGUACUACCGCUAGCUUACAUGCUACCUGCAAUGCCAACUGUCAUUGUACAGAGAAAUGGAAUCCAGUUUAUCAUAAGGGUACUGGCUAUACAUUUUAUUCUGCUUGUUACGCCGGUUGUACUGAUUGGGUACAAAAUUCAUCGGGAACGUAUUGGAGUAAUUGUGUUUGUUUCGAUGAAUUGGUAUCGUAUGCUUCAGAGGUACAAUAUAAAGAUAAUCAUUUGCAUGAAGGUUUUUGUGAAAAGGAGUGCGGAUAUGCUCAAUGGCUAUUUCUUGUUUUGCUAUUCUUUUCGGUGGUUGCAAGUUUUGCUACCGGAAUUCCAUCUCAACAGAUAAUGCUUCGAGUAGUGCCGUUUGAACAGCGUACUUUAGGUAUUGGUGUCCAUUGGACAUUUCUUCGACUUCUAGGAUUUAUUCCUGGAGGAGUUUUAUUCGGUAUGAUGAUAGAUACAGCUUGUUUGAAGUGGAAAGAGGAAUGCGGAAAACGGCAGUCCUGUUUGGUCUAUGAUCCUUACCGAUUAUCUUGGACUAUCAUGGCCGUUGCAAUAGUAUGCAAAUUGGUUUCCAUCUUGGGUACUAUCCUUGGUUAUAUAACUUAUCGUCCCAACGAUUUGGACAACAAUAUAUCGGUACAGACAACCGAUAGCCGUGGACCCUUAUCACUCACUGUUAACGAUGAUCGACCACCGGGUGAAAUAAUCCGAUCGUUUGAUGGUGUAGAUUAA